AUGCGGAGAAGACUUCUGACACUUCUUAAUUCUUUCAUGCUUGGUGCCGGCGUGCGAUGCAUGUCCAGAGAAAGUAGGAUGCUCGACCUACCGAAGACUCAUGGUAUUGAUGUGCUCCGAGAUCCAAGUACCAACAAAGGUACCGCAUUCAGUCUUCGGGAACGUCAGCUGUUGGGUAUCCAUGGUCUCCUCCCUCCGGCGAUACUCACCAUGGACCAACAAGUUGACAAAAUGAUUGCCAAUUUAGUCAAGCUGUCCGAUGAUCUGCAAAGAUAUAGCUUUUUAACUUCACUGCAGGAUCGAAACGAGAGAUUAUUUUACAAACUCAUCACCGAACACAUCGAGUACUGUAUGCCCCUGAUAUACACGCCUACCGUCGGUCUUGCUUGCCAGUACUACGGAACCGUAUUCCGAAGACCAAGGGGAUUAUACAUUACUGUGCACGAUCGUCACAACAUCGUGUCCAUUCUGAACAAUUGGCCCGAGCCGAAAGUUAAAGCCAUUGUCGUGACAGAUGGAGAGCGCAUCCUCGGUUUGGGUGAUCUGGGCGCAUACGGCAUGGGAAUUCCGGUUGGGAAAUUGUCGUUGUACACCGCUCUGGCUGGUGUUCAUCCGAAACACUGCUUGCCAAUCUUGCUGGACGUCGGCACAACCAACCACGACUUAUUGAAUGAUCCCAUCUACACAGGCGUCAGACACAACCGCAUUCACGACGAACGAUACGAUGAGUUGGUGGAGAACUUCAUGCAGGCUGUGGUCAUGAAAUACGGCACCGACUGUCUUAUUCAAUUUGAAGACUUCGGGAACCAUAAUGCAUUUCGCCUUCUUCAACGAUACCAGCAAGAUUAUUGCAUCUUCAACGACGAUAUCCAAGGCACAGCCGCUGUGACUGUGGCUGGACUUCUGGCCGCGGGCAGGAUUACUCAACGCAAUUUGAAAGACAAUGUAUUCCUCUUUGUCGGGGCUGGAGAGGCAGGCAGUGGUAUCGCUCAGAUGCUUGCGAAGGCCUUACAGCUGGAGGGCCUCAGCAAACGCGAAGCACAUCGAAUCAUCUACAUGACAGAUAAAGACGGUCUGUUGGUGCGCGACCGACCCGAGGGUAAUCUGACGGAGCUUAAUUCCCCGUUCGCAAGAAUUGAUGUGGAAGCGUGCACAGAUUUGGAAGAAAUUGUUCGACUGCACAGGCCAACCGUCCUCAUCGGUGCAUCCGGACAAGGUGGGCUAUUCACCCCAGCGAUUCUGAAACAAAUGGCGAUCAACUCGGAUCGCCCCGUCAUCUUCGCCCUAAGUAAUCCUACCUCGAAAUCUGAGUGUACCGCUGAGGACGCUUAUCGAUUAACUGAAGGUCGGUGUGUAUUUGCCAGUGGGUCUCCUUUUAGUCCCGUCGAACUGGAUGUCGGAGGCAGGCGGCAAACAUUCGUCCCUGGUCAAUGCAACAAUUCUUACAUCUUCCCCGGUGUCGGCCUGGCCAUCACUGCGUGCAAUAUACGUCCGGUGCUCAAUGGGCUCUUUGUCCGAGCAGCGCAGUGCCUUGCAGAACAGGUCUCUGAAGCGGAUUUACAACUCGGUCGAGUCUUUCCCCCUCUCAGCCUACUCAGAAAGGUGUCUCUGAAGAUUGCCGAAUGUGUGGCAGAAUGUGCCUACCAAAGCGAUUUGUGCAAUCUGUAUCCCAAACCGAAAGAUCUACAUGAGCAUCUCAUACAGAAUAUGUAUGAUCCGGAUUACUUCGAGUACAUCCCGGAACUAUACGACUGGCCAUCAGAGGCGUACGGCUCGGCAAAUUGAUUGUCGUCUUGUCUGAGUCCGCUAAUUCUUUUGUCCACCCUUGCACCCAGGUUUCUAGAUGUCAUCGUUCUCAUCUUCCAUCUGAUUUACAAUAUGUGAAUUAAAACGGCUUAUGUGUCAAGUUUUCC